AAAGGGAGGAAAAUGAUGAUGAAGAUGGAAUAAAAUAUCCAUCUAAAUGGAGAGGAGCAUGAGAGGCUCAGCAUUUUAUAGACAAUGGAAUACAGUCUGGUAGCAGGAGACCCACUCAUCAAUACACAGAGCCCACUAGUGCACUACUACUACUGAGUAGUAGUAGUUCAUAAUUCCCCAGUUCUCCCCUCGUAUAUAUAAAUACUCUAACCCCCUAACAAAUCCAUCAAACAUUCCAUUCAUUCACCCCAAAGCCAUGAGGACUCCCUUCCUUUUCCUCCUCUCCUCCCUCCUACUAACCCUCCUAAGCAUCUACCCUUCCCAAGGGUCCGACGACCACAAAUGUGACUUCCCAGACCAUGACUCCACCCUCCCAGUCAUGCACAUCUACAGCCCAUGCUCGCCAUUCCGGCCACCCAAAGCCCUCUCAUGGGAGCAGACUGUGCUGGACAUGGCCGCCAGGGACGAAGCCAGGCUUCAAUAUCUAUCGAGCCUCGUCGCCGGGAGGUCUGUCGUGCCAAUCGCUUCCGGCAGGCAGCUCCUUCAGACUCCUACCUACAUUGUGAGGACUAAGAUUGGCACACCAGCUCAGACACUGCUGAUGGCCAUGGACACCAGCAGCGACGUCGCCUGGAUACCCUGCACUGGGUGCGUAGGGUGCUCUCCUAAUGUCUUCAGCACAGGCAAGUCUACAACCUACAAGGCCGUGGGGUGUCAAGCUCCCCAGUGCAAGCAGGUGCCCAACCCAAGCUGCAUUGGCACUCUCCGCAAGGCUUGUUCCUUCAACCUCACCUACGGCUCGUCGACCAUCGCGGGUACAGUCGCACAAGACACAUUCAAACUCGCCACCGACCUAGUCCCGAACUACUCGUUCGGCUGCCUCUCGAGCGUCACAGGCAGCUCGGCGCCACCGCAGGGCCUCCUCGGGCUCGGGCGUGGCCCCAUGUCCUUACUCUCCCAAACCCACAACCUAUACCAGUCCACAUUCUCCUACUGCCUACCCAGCUUCAAGUCUCUCAACUUCUCCGGCUCGUUAAGGCUCGGUCCAGUAGCUCAACCCAUUAGAAUUAAAACUACUCCGCUCCUCAGAAACCCACGAAGGUCCUCCCUCUACUACGUCAACUUGAUCGGCAUUAGCGUGGGAAGAAGGCUCGUCCACAUCCCACCAAGCGUCUUCGCCUUCAACGCCACGAGCGGCGCGGGCACCAUUAUCGACUCCGGCACGGUCUUCACAAGGCUAGUGACUCCGGCCUACACGGCGGUUCGUGACGCGUUCCGGAGACGGAUAAAGGGCGCAACCGUGUCGUCUCUGGGCGGGUUCGACACAUGCUACACAGUGCCCGUCCGUGCACCGACCAUAACGUUCCACUUCACGGGGUUGAACAUGUCGUUGCCGGCGGACAACGUUUUGAUACACAGCACGGCGGGGAGCAUCACGUGCUUGGCCAUGGCAGCGGCACCGGACAACGUGAACUCCGUACUGAACGUGAUAGCGAACAUGCAGCAGCAGAACCACCGAGUGCUAAUCGACGUGCCGAAUUCGAGGCUGGGUAUCGCCCGUGAGCUCUGUACUAAAUAAGGUCACGGUGGUGGUUUUGAGGUGUGUCGGUGGUGGCGAGAGUGGUGGUGUUCGAUGUAGUUCUUGCUUUUUUUUUUCACAUCUGUUUAUCUAUUUCUUUGUCAUGUGCACCAAAGGAUUGGAUGGUGGUAAAUUAUCAUCUCUUGGAGGGUUGUGGGGUCUCUCGCCAUGUCCUGUGGGAAGGGUUCGACUGGUGGUAGUUCCGUAGAGUUCUAUAUAUAGCUUGAGCCAUGAGUUGAUUUAUUCAAGUGUUUGUACUUUAUGUGCACUGAGUAUAUCUCGGAUUACCUUCAACCAGGUUUCAAAUAAUAGACAGUGUAAUGCUAUUACUCUC